AAUUUAAUCGUUAAUGUACAUUCAUAUUCAGCGUUUAUGUACCUCUAUAUAAUAUAAAAAUUACCAAACUACUUAAAGCAGUCAGUUUUAUAAAGUUGAUGAAAGAAGACGUGUUGAAUCUUACACAAUCGAAAAUAAAAUGGUGAAACUUAUUAUUUGUUUGGCAGUAAUUGCUGUAUGCGUCGCUGUUGCAAGUGCAGCGGGAGAAUGCCCAUCGUAUACUAAGGUCCAGAAUUGCACUCCAAAGUGCUUGCAGGACAGUGAAUGUAGCAGCAUAGGUGGUAAAUGCUGCCCGAAUCUCUGCAACGGUCGUUCAUGUGCCCAACCAAAUGUUCUUUCAAAUUCUGGCUCUGGGGCAUCAGGCAAAGAUAAAUAUUCGUCCGGUGGUUCUGGAUCCUAUUGUGGCAAUGUGAAAUGUAGUUCAUUUGAAAAAUGUAAUAUGGAUAAAUCAACUCAACGUCCAAAGUGCGUUCGGGCCUAAAAAUCUCUUGCCUUUUUUUAAUUUUUGUAUUAACUAUUUUCGAACUAUGUAAUAUGUAAUUU